GAAUUUUGAAAUGGGCGGUGGUUUAUUUUGUAAUAAUUUUAUGUAUUAAAUAUUAAUCAGAUAAUACUAAAUUAAUAUGAAUUUAUGAACUUGAAGACAGUUAUCAGUUAGAUAGUGUCUAUAAUUUGGAAUUCUUAAUUUGUAAUUCGUAUUGCUACGAAUUUCAAUAUCUUAUUUAUCAGGGCUUUUUAACUUUCAAGUGCUCUUUUGUACAUGUGUACUUUUGUAUAGUACUUAAGUGGAAUAUUAUUAAUUGUGUAUGUGAAAAUGGCACUACCGAAUAGUCUAGAUGAAGUUAUGGUUGGUUCAAUUCUAAGCGUUCACGUGCAAAAUUUCAUGUGCCACGAAAAUUUCAAAGUGGAUUUCACGAAAAGAGUGACUUUUAUAGUGGGUCGGAACGGUAGCGGCAAAAGUGCCAUCCUCACAGCCUUGGUGGUGGGCCUGGGCGGCAAAGCCUCAGAGACCAAUAGAGGGAAAAAUGUCCAAUCAUUUGUUAAAAAAGGAGCUAAUUCUGCAAAUAUUGAAAUAAAAAUAAACAACAGCGGCCAAUGGGCAUACAGACCAGAUGAAUAUGGAAGCAUAAUAACAAUUGUAAAGACUAUCACAGCAUCCGGUACUUCCUAUUUUAAAAUUCGGUCUCCAACAGGUCAGUUGUUGCCCACAAAUGCCAAAGCGGUCAAUGCUAUAGUAUCCAGUCUCAACAUACAAGUAAACAACCCAAUAUCUGUAUUGAACCAAGACGAUGCGAGGGAGUUUUCAAUAAAGAUGGACCCGCGAAAGCUCUACUCUUUGUUCAUGAGAGCCACAAGACUGGAUGUCACAGAGCAAAACUAUAACAAGGCCCUUGCAAUUUGUAAAAGUACUAAAGAGUCUUGGGAAAGAAAGAACAAAAGUUGCAUGGAUUUGGAAAACGAGUACAACAAAUGGCAGAAGCUCUAUGAACAAAUGCAAUCCCGCAAGGACAUCGAGAAACGCGUCAAGUCACUGAAGUUGGAGUUGUUCUGGAGCGAGGUCGCCGAAGCCGAGAGCGACGUGGCCACCAUCCGCGACCACUGCGUCAAGCAGCGCGCCAAGUGCGCGAAGAUGGAGAGCACCCUGCAGACAAUGGAGCAGGCGCUGGGCGGCGCCGCUGCGGAGGCGUGGAAGGCGCGUCUGGAAGAGCGCAAAGCGCAGAAGGCGGCGCUCGAGCAGCAGCUGCGGCCGCUGGAGCGCGAUGCGCAGGACGCGCGGCACGCGCACGGCGAGGCGGCCGCCACGGUGAAGCGCUGCAGAGACAUGCUGGAGCGCGAGCGGCGCCGCGUGCGCGACUACGAGCAGGAGAUACAGUCGGGCGGCGCGGCGGCGCAGCGCGCGGAGCUGGCGGAGCGCGCGGAGCGGUGUCGCGCGGCGGCGGAGGAGGCGCGCGCGCGCCUCGCCACGCUGCGCAACGACGCGGAGCAGGCGCGCGCCGACCACGAGCGCCGCGCCGCCGCCGCCGAGCGCCCGCACGCCGAGCGUUCGCGGCUCAACGCCAGGCUAGGUCAGCGGCGGCAGGAGCUGCGCGAGCUGUCGGCGCGCGGCGGCGACUCGCUGGCGGUGUACGGCGCCGCCAUGUCGGAGCUGUGCCAGCGCGUGCGCGCGGCCGCCGAGCGCGGACACUUCAGCGCUCCGCCGCGCGGGCCCGUCGGCCAGUACAUCAAAGUGCGCGAGCGGCAGUGGGGCGGCACGCUGGAGCACAUCAUCGGCGGGCUGAUGAGCAGCUUCUGCGUCAACUCACCGGAGGACUCCACCAAAUUGUUCAAAAUAAUGGACCAGGUGUGGAGGGGUGACAACAAACCCUCGGUGACAUGCAGCAAGUUCUUCAGCAGGCAGCACGACGUGCGCGACACGAGCGCGCGCGCGCCGCCGCAUCGCAGCGCGCUGGAGGCGCUGCACGUGGAGGACCCCGUCGUCGCCAACUUCCUCAUCGACAACCUGGCGCUCGAGCGCGUGCUGCUGGUGCCCGACCACGACGAGGCGGUGCGGCUGGCUGAAUCGGUGGAGCGCGUGCCGCGGAACUGCGGCAAGAUCGUGACACAGGACUGCUCGGAGUACCACCCCGCGCCCGACUACCGCAUGUACGGCGGCCGCGCGCGCGCCGCGCGGUUCCUGCACCUCGACACCGACGAGCGCAUGCGGCAGUUGGGCGCGGAGAUCCAGGAGCUGGAGGCGGAGCUCCAGCGGCUGGACGUGCGCUUGCAAGGGCUCGCGGCGGAGCAGCGGCAUAGCGCGCAGGCGAAGGACGCCGCGGAGCGCGCGCUGCGGGCCAUGGGCGCCGAGCUGCUGCGGCGGGAGGCCGACGAGAACGCAGCCGUGGCCGCGCUGGAGACUCUGCAGGCGCCGCAGCAGGCCGUGUUGGACGAUGAACUGAAGGCCUCGAAGCAGAGGGCGCACGAGCUCAGCCAGAAGCUGGACGAGUUGGAGCGCGGCGCGGCGACGCACAAGCGCCAGGUGGAGCGCCUCGACGCGCAGAUGAGUGAGCUGAAGGCGCAGGUGGCGCGCGCCAACGACGACUGCAGGAAACUCAGCGAGGAGAUCAGCCAGAAAGAGAUGGAGAUGGACCGCGGGGCCGCUGAGCGCAGGGGCGUGCAGCAGAGGCUCGGUGAGGAGCGCGCCAAGCUGGAGAAGCUCGAGGACAUCGUGCGCAGCAAGGAAGAAGCCGUCGCCGGCAGGAUCAGCGCCGCCAGGGGGCCGAGGAUAGACCGCCCGAGGAGCAAGGACGUGAUAAACAACUUGCUGGCGCAGAACAAGAGGGAGAUAGGGUUGCUGUCGCAGGCGAGUGUCAGCCGCGAGGAGGUAGAGCGCGAGCGCGCCACGGCCGAGACCAACUACCGGCGCACGCAGCAGAUGCUCGACACCCUGCGCGUGUCCAUCUCUCGGAUUACUAAUAUGGCUACCGAUCAUAAGGAAUUUUGCGUUUCCUUAAAAAAGAGCAUUUCCAGAAACAUCGGAAUAAAUUUUAUGGCCACACUCACCACACGCGGCUACGAGGGCCACCUGCGCUUCGACCACCGCGACGACACGCUGCUGCUGGAGAUGUCGGCGCGCGAGGGCGCGCGCGGCGUGCGCAGCACCGCCUCGCUGUCGGGCGGCGAGCGCUCCUUCACCUCCAUGGCGCUCAUCACCUCGCUGUGGGACUGCGUGGACCUGCCCUUCUACUUCAUGGACGAGUUCGACGUGUUCAUGGACAAGGUGCACCAGCAGACGUCGGUGGACCUGCUGCUGGAGAUGGCGGCGCGGCUGGCGGGCCGCCAGUUCGUGUUCCUCACGCCGCACGCGCUCGGCCUCGCGCUCGACAAUGCGCCGCUGCCCAUCGAAGUCGUCACUCUUGGUGAUCCAGAACGAUAAUGAAGAAUUAUUGAACACAAAUAAUAAUCAAGAAGAAUUUUAUUUUCUUAAGAUAAUUUGUAAAACACGAUUGUUACUAUUUUUGUUACCUAUUUACUAUUAAGAUUUGUAAACCAUUCUUAAUCGACUAAUAAACGGAGGUUAUGAAUAACA